CUUAAGCCAUUGGCGCGCUCCUUGCACAUACGUUUCGUUGUACGAGUGUUACUGAGUUUUCUGUGACGGUUGUGGCGCAGACUGUGAAAGCAUGAGUUCUAUCAGAAGAAUCAAGCAUGCAGAGAAUGCCUCUGAAAACAUCAAGAGGUUCCUUGUUGCACCAAGUUCUGGAAGUGAUUCAGGGAGGAGGACGCUUCAGGUCCUUCAACCUUCUUCUGUAAAUAUUGAGAAUGGCAAAGCUGUUCCUAAAAGAAAGAUGUGGAGCGCUGCGCAAGUGAGAGGCUCCAAGAGGGUCAAAGCGGAAGUUGCAAUAAAAACCACAAGUCCAGAAAACAAAAACCAGCCUCAGGAUGUUAGUCAAGAGGCCUAUGAGCUCAUGAUCAAAGAAACUCCCGGGUCUUCGUAUUGGAAGGAAGUAGCAGAAGAAAGGCGCAAAGCCCUGUUCAAAGUUCUCCAGGAGAAUGAGAAGUUGCACAAAGACAUCGAAGCUAAAGACGAACAGAUCGCUCAGCUGAAGAGCGAGAAUGAAGAAUUGCAGGAGCUGGCACAGCAUGUACAACACAUGGCUGACAUGAUUGAAAGACUAACCGGUAAGAGUCCAGACAAUCUAGAGGAGCUGCGAGAGAUCGCCUUCGAUGCAGAGGAUGAGGAUGAAGAUGAUGAAGACUGUCUUGAGGAUCAAGAUGAAGACUCUACUGAAGAGGAUGAAGAUCACAGAGGAGAUGAUUCUAGUGAGGAUACUGUAGAAACGUGCUUCACGCAAACAGACGAUUGUGAUGUGCAUCAAAAGGAUGAGUCUGCCACAGAAGACAGCUUAAGUGAGGUCUCAUGAAAAUAUUUAGCUGAAAAACUGUGUUUGGACCACUGGUUUGGUCUUGAGUGAUUCUUUUUGCUGUUAGCUGCUUUUCAGAACAGACAUGCACAUUUUGUUUAAACUUCAUUUUAUUUGCUGUUAAUGGGCUUUUAUUUUCAAUAUCGUUUUUGUUCAUUUUCGCCACAAGUGUAUAUAUGUAAAAUUGUGCAUACAACAGAAAUAAACGUUACGUUUUUGU